AAGAAGAAAAUAUAUAAUUAAUGAACAAGAAAUUUAAAAGCCUGUUUGGGUUCUCAAUAUUUUCAAUGAAAGUUCAAAAUCCUAUAUGUUUUUUUUCCUUCCUUGGAAAUAAAUAACCACUUCAAGGACGAUGGUAAACCAAUAAAGAAAUUCGUGGUAUUUUUUUGUAACCACAGGGAGACCAUGGAUGUUAUCCCAACUUUUGAAAAUUUUUCUCAGAUUUGUCGCCUAUGCUUACAUAGUUCAAAUGAUGGACAAUCAAUUUUUCAGGACAAUAUAGCUAGGUUUUUGACUUUUCUCGAACUUCCAGCAAAAAAAGAUGACCAUUUUCCCAAAAUUAUUUGUAAUACUUGUGCAAAACAGAUAGAGGGUAUACUUCUCUACAUUCGAAGGUGUAAGGAAGCUAAUGAUCAAUUAGCAAAGAUUUUACGUAAUAAAGAAUUUGAAGAUAUCAAUGAUAAUGUAUCUGAUAUGUUUCAUGAAUUAAAAACUGAAGUAUGUGAAGUUACUGAUGUUAAACCUGACAAAAAGCACAUCCAAAAAACUACUCUGCUAGAAGAUGAUAGAACAGUUAAUAUAUUUUGUAAAAAUUGCAAAAAGUUGUUUAAAAAUAAAUCUACCCUAGGAAAGCACUAUGUGCAACAACAAAAAUGUAGGCCACACACUUUUAGAAUUCACAAAUGUGAAGUGUGCAAUAAAGAAUACGGAACUCAGAGGCAGAAAGCUGAACAUAUGAAUAUCCAUAGUGGCAAAACUCCAUAUGUUUGUACCUAUUGUGGCAAGAAAUUUAAAUUUCAUUCAAAGCUGUAUAUCCAUAUUUACAGGCACAAGUUAGCCCUUGGUUUAGUGACAAAAAAAGACUGUUAUACAGAAAAGAGAGUGCGAUUGAACUUGAGCUGUGAUGAAUGUGGCAAAACAUAUGCAAGCAGGUCUGGGUACGAAAAGCAUUUGCGAAAGCAUAAUGGAAGGCUUAUUAGUCAUAAAAAGAAUGGACCUACAACAAUUGACAAAUCAAAUAAAAUAUAUUUAUGUGAUUAUUGCGGCAAAAGUUUUUAUAUUAAAGCAAAUUUAGAUAACCACCUAAGAGUGCAUACAGGAGAAAAACCAUUUACCUGCAAUAACUGUGGAAAAAAAUUCAUACAAAAAGGAUCAUUGGAUAGACAUGCCCUUAAUCAUCUAGACAGAAGACCCAAACCACACCAGUGUGAUGUUUGCCUCAAAUUUUUUACUACCAAAGCCUACAUGGAAGUACACAAGAGAUUACAUUCAGGAAAGAAACCCUAUGAAUGCAUUUACUGUAGAAAAUGUUUUAACUAUAGAUCUCAUUGGAAGAUUCAUUUGCGAAUUCAUACUGGAGAAUCACCUUAUCUCUGUGAAGUGUGUAAUAAUGGAUAUCAUGAUCGAGGAAGUUUAAAAAAGCAUCAAAAUAAAAAAGGGCACCAAGUACCAGUAAAUGUGAAAAACGAUAGUUCUGCAAACUCAGAUUUAACAAACACUAUAGCAGUAUCUCAGUAGAACCAAUAAAUCAAAUAUUUUUAUGAUCCAUUUGAUUAGUAAUAAUGUUUGACACCAAAUAAAAAUUUGUAAACACAUUGUAUUUUGAUUAAUU